CUUAUAUUUGGACGAGUUUAUUACACACUAUUUUCUGAGCAAUUUGUAAUAGUACUUUAUAAAUUUCUCAUUCUUUAUAAAUUUCUCAUUCCCUUCCAAAGCUUUAUUUCAGCGUAGCUUUAGUUUCUUGCAAAUUUCUAAAUGGAUGAGGACUUUGAGAAUGAUCCAAUUGAAUAUGAUAUUAGUUACCCUCACCCCAAAGGUUAUGCUAAUCUCAAACGUCCUUUGAGAAAUUCUCCGUUUUCUCAAUCACUUGCAAAUCAAUCUGCCAAAGAUUUUAAUGAUGAUGAUGACAUGGAGGAAGAUGAUGGCGAUGAAGAUGAUGAUAAUGAAAAUACACAGAAAAGUAAUGCCAUGAAGAUUGAUGAUGAAUUACAGUGGAUCCCAAUAAGGAAAAAGUUGAAGCGUUUGAUGGCAUCCUUCAAAUUUGCAGAUCCUAACCACCCUGUCAAUGAUGAUGAGGUUGAAGAGUGGUUUGAGAGGAGAAAUGAAGGUUUUGAUGAUAAUGACUAUAAGCCGAAAAGUCAUGACAUGGAGACUGAAAAAGAAUUAGAGUGGCAAUCAGAAAAGAAUAAGUUGAAGAGUUGGAUUUCAACCUAUGAAUUUGCAGCUCAGGAGCCAACACAAUCAACUUCAGCUCCUAAACUAUCUUUUGGGGUUAGGAGCUCCUUUAUUGAUCACUGGACUGAUGAGGAGACACUUAUUCUUCUUGAUGUGUGGGGUAAUCAGUUUAUUCUAAAUGAAAGGAAGAGUCUUCGAUUCGAGGAAUGGAAACAAGUUGCAGGAACGGUAUCAGAACUUUCAAAUGUUGAAAAGACAGUAACUCAGUGUAGAAAUCGUGUCGAUACAUUGAAGAAAAAGUACAAAAAGGACAAGAUUAAGUUUGAAGAAACUGGUAGUCUUGAUGGAAAAUGUGUUUAUUUUAAAAAGAUGGAUAGGCUAAUGUCUACUGUCUCCACUCCACCACAACAAGCAAAUCAGUUGGAUGACAUGAAGAAUAGUCCUCCGAAUACAGAAGCCAUCAGUGUGGAAGGUUUAGAAGGGUCUCGCGGAAAGAAAAUAAGCGAAGUAAAGGGCUGUACUGAUGAGCCUUCUUCCUUUAAAUUACUUGCUGAUUUCAUUCUGAAACUCGGUGUAAUAUAUGAGAAGAUGGAAAAUGAAAAAUGGCAGCAGAUUGUGGAACUUGAAAAGCUGAGGAUGAAUUUCCUUAAUGAUAUGGAAACAAGAAGGAGGCAGAAUUUCCAAAGAUUGAUAAAUGAGAUUUUGAAACUAGUGCAGAUGGAUGGUAAGAAUGAAGAUUCAGCUAAGAAUUUAGAAGGAUUGCAAAGUGAGAUUUUGAAACUAGUACAGAUGGAUGGUAAGAAUGAAGAUUCAGCUAAGAAUUUAGAAGGAUUGCAAAGUGAGAUUUUGAAACUAGUACAGAUGGAUGGUAAGAAUGAAGAUUCAGCUAAGAAUUUAGAAGGAUUGCAAAGUGAGAUUUUGAAACUAGUGCAGAUGGAUCAUAAGAAUGAAGGUUCAGCUAAGCAUGAUGGUUCUGCUAAGUCUGGUAUUUGAAGUCUUAUGCAUUGUUGUUUAAACUUAGAAUGCAAACUCUAUAUUUGAGGCGUAUUGCCUCUUCAAAUGUUUCUUGUGAUGCAAUAAUUGCCAACCAAAACUGUUCAUUUUACUGAUAUUUGAACUGAAUAGUCUAGCCAUGUUAUCAUGACCUUGUUGGCAUGUCCAAAACUUUGUUCAAUGCUUUCUUAUCUCAAUUUUUUUAAUAAUGUUUGAUGUUAUGGCUUACUCCUCAUGAAAGUGAGUAUACAAUGAGUUAAUUGUUGUGGUGAUUGCACUUGAAA